UGACCGACGGCGACGCUUUUGCCGCGCCCGGCCGCCUCCCCCCGCUCGCUCUCCCCUCGCCGCCUCACGGAGCCCCUCCGCCCGCCGCCGGGAGCAUGGAAGCGCGCUGGUGGCCGCGGGGGCCGCUCCGCCCGCCGCGCUGCUCCGCCUGCCUCCUCCUGCUGCUCGGCACCGCCGUUUUUUUCCAGUCCUAUGCUGUGGAAGUAGAUGUGAAGGAUGCCACUAACGCUACAUGCUUAUAUGCACAAUGGUUGAUGAGGUUCUUGAUAAAAUAUGAAACAAACAGUGGUGAUUAUAAAAAUGCAACUUUGAGUUUGCCAUCCAACGUGACACACGAUGGAAGCACCUGCGGUAAUGACACACAAGCUGCACUUCUGGCAGUACAAUUUGAAGAAGGUCACUCUUGGAGUGUUAACUUUACGAAAACCAAUGAAACUUACCAGGCAGACUUUAUCACGUUUACCUACAAUACCAAUGAUAGUGCUGUGUUUCGUGAUGCUAAAAGAAAAGGGCCAAUUACCAUUGUUGUAAAGGAUACUAUGCAUCCAGUUGAACUGAAUAAUGUCUUUGUGUGUCAUAAUACUGACUCUAUUGAAGCAGAAAAUGUAACACAGUUCUUCUGGAACAUCACUCUGCAGGCUUUUGUUCAGAAUGGCACCAUUGGGAAAAAAGAGUCUAGAUGUGAUGCUGAUAAACCUACUUCUGCACCUACUAUUCUGCCUACUGUUGCCAACAUAACUACUGCGUCGACCACCACUUUAUCACCUGCUCCAACCACUGCUCCUAAACCUGUGGAGAAUCCAGACACAGGAAACUAUUCUCUUAAAAGUGGAAAUAAAACUUGUCUUCUGGCUACUGUGGGGCUGCAGCUGAAUGUGUCCCAAGACAAGCCUCUUCUGAUCAACAUCAAUCCAAAGACCACUAGUGUUGAUGGUACCUGUGGUAACACAACAGCUACUUUGAGAUUGAAUGAUGGAAAUAGCAGGUUCAUUGGUUUCACAUUUUUUGUUAAGAACGCAAGUGCAAAUGUACGAAGAUUUUAUCUGAAAGAGGUGAAUGUUACACUGCUCAACCAUAUGAAUGGUUCUGUCAUUUUAAGUGCAGAUAACAACAAUUUCAGCAAGUGGGAUGCUUCCCUCGGUAGUUCCUAUAUGUGCCGAAAAGAGCAAACUCUUGAGAUUAAUGAAGACCUUCAAAUACAUACUUUUAAUCUAAGGAUUCAGCCAUUCCUCGUGAAGGAAAAUAAGUUCUCUACAGCCCAGGAGUGUUCGAUGGAUGAUGACACCAUUCUAAUCCCAAUUGUAGUUGGUGCUGCACUUGCUGGCUUGAUUGUCAUUAUAGUGAUUGCUUACAUAAUUGGCAGAAGAAAAAGUUAUGCUGGAUAUCAAACUUUGUGAAUCUGAAUGUGAUCACUGUUCUGAUUUCACUCUAAAUGAAGCAAGUGCAAGUUUUGAAGUCCAACAAAAAAAAAUCUUAAGAGUAAAUACUAGCUGCAGCUAAUUGGAGCUGAGAAACAAAGGAUGUUUUUGUCAGAUGAAGCAGAACUGUGUUUUAGUUUUCCUUCCCCAAGAAGAUGUGGGUUUCAUAGCUGUUUUGAAGAUGUCGGAUGUCACUAUUGGAUAAAUUAUUAGGUUAAAGAUUUUAUUUUGCAAAAGCACUCAAAUGUUUAGGAUUUAUUUCUGCUUUUUACAAAUUGUAAUUUGAAACAAGAACACAUUCUAAACUGUGCUUUGGGGAACUCCUGAAAUUGCAUAGAAUUUGUACUUGCUUCUCUCCUUUGCAUUCCUUAGUUGUUGUCAUAGUUGUGGGUUAAGUUGACAGCACUAGUCACUGUGACUCAUGUGGUAUUUAACAAGGAUUGUAUGAUGCCCAGUAACAACUGUUUUUUGUAGAACUAAACUUCAGGCUGGUGAUUAAGUGAUCUUACGAAGUGGCAGCAGUAACCUACUUAGAUUUGGUGAAGCCUGAGUAGUUUACUCCUGCUUUGGUGGUUUCAGGAACCAUUCCAUACCCUGACUAUACAAACAAAAUGGGUAAUCUGUUUUUGCCAGUCGAUGGAUAAAUUGGAAGACUUCAGCGCAGUUUCCAAAUGUUUUCAAAAAUACUGUUAGCUGCUGAAUUCUCCUCACUUAUUAUAGCUUGGCAAUCCCCUAAAAUACAAAAUUGAAGCAGAGUUCUGCUAAAUUAAAGCAGGCUUUUUGCUGGCACCAGUUUAAAGGGAAUAAUCUUUUUAAAUAUUCCAGAACUUAAAGUGCACUUAACUUUAUAUCAUACUUUGCACAGAGAUGGUCUAUCUUGUUGCUUUGAAUGACCAUUAUUUAAAGAUGCUUUCAUUUAAUGAGCCAGUAUAAGUUGCUGCAAUUUGAGCUGUCUUUAAAUCUCCAUUUGAAUGAUUCUCUGCUAAUCAAAAUUUGCAUUAUAACUGUCCACCAUUGGCAUUCUGAAUGUUCAAUGUACUUUGUGUUUGAUUUGUUUGCUAUGUGGCAUUUAUUAAUGCUGCUGUUAAUAAUGCAAAAGCCAAGCAAGUCUGAGACAGACCCCCCUACACCGAUUUUUUUUUUUCUUGCUGUGUGGAAAGUAUAACUAGCUUAAAAUGCAGUGCAACUGGACUGUUGUUAAACUGCAGCUCUGUAGAAACUAACUCUUGCUGCAUAACUCUUCUCUGGCCUCCUUAUGCUGUAAUACGUGGUUCUUAUUGCAUGGAGGGUAGAAAAGGUCUUUUCUAAAAGAUAAGUGCAACUCUUAUGCAGCUCAUGUCAUGAGAUAUGCAAAAGCUAGUCACAUAAUGAAGAUAACUUCAUUCCCACAUUUAGAAUGAGUUUAGCCUGCAUCAAUGCUGGUUUAAUGUUUUAUUAGUGUUUUCUAAGGUUGUAGAGAUGUCUGUGGCAUGUUUGUAUACAAAUCAUAAGAUACUCUUCCGUUCUUACAGUAAUAAGGGUUUUUCUGUAAAAGCAGUUUAAUCUUGACACUGGCUAAGGAAGCAAGAAUGGGUGGAUAAUGCUUACUAUAGCAUGUAGUCUACAGCUUGAAUUUUGUGUUGGUUACUAAAAUUCAUUUUAAUGAAAGUGGAGAACUACUAUAAUCCUGGAAUAGGCUUCAACACUUUCCAUUUUAAUUGGGGGAAAAAGUGGUUCUAAGGACUUUCAUAUUAAAAUAUCCUUAAAUGCGGAAGUUCGUACAGAUUUUUUUUAGCGUUUUAGUGACUGAUGUUUAAAGGCACCAGUUACCUGUGCAUCUCUGUUAAAGAAAACGUAUAAUUACCACACUUGCAUUCCUCUGACUAUAUGAAUUUUUGAACUGUGCACAGUUUCCAAGUGGCAAAAUAAAAAGAUUGAUGCAAAUUCUCCUGAAACUCAACACAACACAACUAAAUGUAUCUUUGUAAAAACUUGCGAUUUAAUCUUCAUUUAUAAGUAUAUUUGUUCAGAGAUAAAAGUACUCAUAGACUGAUGUGCAGAUAACUGGUUCAGAAAACAUCUAAACUUUACAUGACUGCCUAUUGUUAUAAAACCACUAGUUUUCUGUAUGUAUUGUUCCAUAGGGAAUUGUCAACCUGCUCAACAUGUGCUCUAAACAAUAAAGAUUGUUCUAUUUCUUAAGGAAA